CAUUCGGUAUACAUUUGCAGAAAUCAAUUCGGCACAUAAUUAGUAAAGAAACUCAAAACGAUCCUGAUAAUUCUAUAGCCGUCCGAUCACAAGAGUUGGUGAUCAUGGCCUGGAACUUGACACAAACCGGAUCGUACCAGAUUCGACCCCCUCUUUCUCUCUGCUGCUUUGAGGAGGUUUCGGUUCGUUAGCCCAAUGUAAAUCUAAAAAGGUAAUAAAGAGCGAGUCUUCCAUGGCGGGCGUUAUCAGCUCAAGCUUCCAGCGUUGGUGUUAUAUCGCUGAUUGAUCGAUUAACCUAAAUCCCACCUCGUCCAGGUCGUUCAUUCUUCUCCUUCCCAGCUCCAGAUUUUUGUCUGUGUGGUUAAGAUUGAUUGUUCCUGGAUCGAGAGAGUCGAGACUUCAAUCUGGGCUUUUUGUUUCUUAGACAAGGAUUCGAGAAUCAGCUUUCUUCAUCUUCUCUUCCUGUCAUUUGAAUCUGAAUCGAAUCUGAGAAUUAACCAGCUUCGAGAAAUAGCUUCCACGGAUAACAAAGAUCCCCCCAUGGAGUAGACUUUGUUGACCACAAGUGAAAAGGAAGAGCCUUUUUUUUUGUUUUUGUUUAUUGAUGGGUGAAGAGUUAGCUGACACUAUGAACCUGGAUUUGAAUCUAGGCCCUGGUCCUGAGUCGUCAGAUCUCCAGCAGGCCCUAAGUGAAACUGUGAAUUUCGCUGAUUGGACUAGUGAGCCGCCUUCUGAGAGACCCUCAGACGCUGUGACAAGGAUCAGAACCCGGCGUAGGACGAGGUUCAGACAACUUAAUCUCCCCAUCAUCCCGGUUCUGUCUGAAACCCUUACCAUGGAUAUAGAACUGAGCCAGUUGAUGGGAAGCUCUCCAAACGGAGUUGCUUUCCAGACUGGCGAAGGUAGUGAAAGAGGCAACGAGAAUCUGAAAAUGUGUGAGAACGGAGAGGGAGCCACUGGGGACGGUAUAUCAGAGAAGAAAGCGGAUGUUGACAAAAGCAGCGGCGGGGGCGAUGGUAACUUCUUCGAUUGUAAUAUAUGUUUGGACGUGUCAAAGGAGCCGGUUCUCACUUGCUGUGGCCAUCUUUACUGUUGGCCGUGUCUCUUCCAAUGGCUAAACAUCUCGGAAGCAAAGGAGUGUCCGGUCUGCAAAGGAGAGGUGACCUCCAAAACCGUGACACCGAUCUACGGGCGUGGGAACCAUAAAAGAGAAGUUGUUGAAGAGUGUUUAGAUACAAAGAUCCCUAUGAGACCUCAUGCUAGACGCAUUGAGAGUUUGAGGAAUACAAUUCAAAGGUCGCCUUUUACAAUACCAAUGGAAGAGAUGAUUAGACGUAUACAGAGUAGGUUCGACAGGGACUCAACCCUUGUCCCUGAGGCAUCAGAGAGAGUUAAUGAUCGAGCCAAUUCGAUUCUUAACCGGUUGAUGACUUCUAGAGGAGUUAGAUCAGAGCAGAACCAGGCUAGUGCUGCAUCAGAGGAUAUUGAUCUGAACCCCAACAUUGCUGCUCCUGAUCUUGAAGGAGAGACCACCAGCACGAGAUUCCAUCCUCUGUUGAUCCGGAGACAGUUACAGUCACACAGAGUCGCAAGGAUCUCGAAUUUCACCUCUGCGUUGAGCUCUGCUGAGAGGCUUGUGGACGCGUAUUUUAGAACUCAUCCAUUGGGGAGGAGCCACCACCAGGAGUUGCACCAUCAUUCUCCUGUUGUGAUUGACGAUAGAGACUCUUUCUCAAGCAUUGCAGCUGUAAUAAACUCUGAGAGUCAAGUGGAUACUGCAGUUGAGAUUGAUUCAAUGGUUACUCUUUCGACGUCUUCUUCGAGGAGAAGGAAUGAGAAUGGGUCGAGGGUUUCUGAUGUAGACAGUGCUGAUUCUCGCCCGCCUAGGAGAAGGAGAUUUACUUGAAACGAAUAAAAGAAAACAAGGCUUUCAAUCUGUGGAAGAUGAUGAUGAAGAAGAUUGUAACUGUGUUUUUCUUUUGUUUCUUGUUGGUUUGUUGUAUCUUGAUUUGUAAAACAGAGAAUUUCAAUUUUACCACAUAUUUAGUACCA